CUCAGGGGGUGCUGCUGGGAUGCACCCUCCCUGCGCUCAGCUCCAGCACUGAAUCAUCUCAGUCACAGAUUCGCUUGGAUGCGAUUUGGGGAGGGGAAGAAGAAGAAAAAAAAGCAGCAAAGCAACAAAACAACAACCCAGCCCUUUCCUUCCUCCUCCUCCUCCUCCUCCUCCUCCUCCUCCCCUGGGAAGGGGUGACAGCAGCAUAAAUAGCAGCCUGCACAGCACAGGGCCAGAUGCAAAGCGAGCGGCACCCGUGGCACCAUGGCAGAGCCUUCGCUGCCCCUCUCCUUCCUCUGCCUCCUCGCCUUGUCCUCCGCCUGCUACAUCCAGAACUGCCCCCGAGGUGGCAAACGGGCGCUGAGCGACACAGCCCUGCGGCAGUGCCUGCCCUGCGGCCCCGGCAACAGAGGCACCUGCUUCGGGCCCGGCAUCUGCUGCGCCUCGGAGCUCGGCUGUUACCUGGGCACGGCCGAGACGCGGCGCUGCGCUGAGGAGGAUUCGGUGCCCUCCCCGUGCCGGGCGGGCGGGCAGCCCUGCGGCAACGGCGGCCGCUGCGCAGCGCCCGGCAUCUGCUGCAGCCCCGAGACCUGCUCCAUGGACACCUCCUGCCUGGACGAGAGCAGCGAUGGGGCUCAGGAGGCAGCAGAGAAGAACCUGACGGUGCUGGACGGCUCGGCUGGAGACCUGCUCCUCAAGCUCAUGCACUUGGCGACCCGGCAGCAGCAGGGCAAGCAUCCCUCCCUCUGAGCCUCGGGUACCCCCCACCCCGGCCAGCACCGACACCCGGAGCCCAGCCUUGUAAAUACCUGACCCAAUAAAAGCCCUUGUGCACUGUGCU